AUGUCGAUAAGAUCUGCAGCUGGUAGGAGACCUGUCUCGGUCUACCGUGCAGUCGCGCCUAGUUCACAGAGUUCUGGAUCAUAUUAUUCGUCAAGAUCUGGGUCUGGAUCAAUUUAUACCGAACCGUAUGAUUAUGGUUCGUAUUCGUAUGAUUCGUAUGGUUCCAGAUCAUCCGACGGCGGCAGCGAAGUUUUGGAGGGACAUCGGUCUACUGGCCCGCGUACAUCUACUCACCAUCAGCCGCAUAAUGAUUUUAAUGAGAGUGGUUCACAUAUACAAGAUUUGGAAAAUGGUGUAGCAGCCACACGUCAAGAGUGGAAUGAUGGAGUAAUUGAUCCUCCUGAAACGCUGUUGAGGACUGCAAUUUGCAGGCGAGGAUUGGAUAUGAUUGCCUCUUCAGAUGCAUGUAAGGAGCCUUCGCUCAAGCUUAGAGUGGAUGGAGUGGAUGAAAAGUUGAAACAAUUGGAGGUCGAGGCAAAUGUUCGAAGGGCGCGAGAGGGAGAAGAAAUGCAGGAUAUGGCGAGAGACGCGGAGAGAAGAGAGAAUGAGAGGAGAGGGGAAUUCGAAAGGCAACAACAUUUGAUGCGAGAAAAGGCUGCGGAGAAGGAAAGAAUCAGAGACGAGAGGGCAAAAAUCAGAGACGAGAAGGAGGCAAAGAAUAAGAAAAAGGCUGAAGAGAGGAAGCAGAAACGGAUUGAACAGCAACAGAAGAAAAAAGUUAUCCAGGAUAAAUUUACAGCAGCUAUGAAAGAAACGAAGAGGUUGAAGAAACUAGAAAAUGAGAAGAAUGAAGAGCAGCGCAUUCAAGAAAAAAAGAAAGCAAAUGAAAAAAAAUCAAGCAGAGAUAAAGCGGCAAGAGAUCGAGAUAUCCGGCGCGAGGCUAUUGAUAAACAAGAAAGAGAAGCAGAGGAAGAAGCAAGAUACCAAAAGGAGUUUCAAGAGGAAGAGAUGAGGUAUAAUGCGAAAAAGGCUCUUGAAAAAAAGGCCAAGGUGGCACUAGGUGGUAGGGAAGAAGAGAGUAGGAAGAGAGUGACAAGCAGGGCAGUGGCGUUUGCGAAGAAGGUGAUGGAUGACCGGGAAGAUAAAUUGAAUCGGGAGUUAGAUAGGGUGGAGGAAAAGAUAAAACAGUUAAAGGGACAGUCAAGGUAG